AUGAAGGGCUGGCUCCAGACCCUGGGCUUGACAGCCCUAUUGGCAACCUCUGCGCUUGCUAAUGAUGCUGAACUUAAAUCUGACGAUGCGCACCGACAACGAUGCUCAGGGAUGUACAGUCGCAAAGCUUGGGGAGGAAGUGUUGACCCCUUCAUCUUGGUGAAGUUUAGCAAGUCGGAAGUCGAAGGGAAAGACCCUUUGGCUAGCUUGGUAAUUUUCGAAUGGACUGAUGAGCCAUUGAUUGGACAAUAUCGGUCCGACGAUGCUGAGGCCAAGGAAACGAUCUGUGAUGCUUCGAACGUCGAAGCAAAGAUAUGCACCGAAGAGCAACUCGGCUCUUUCGUUCUCACUAGCAACGCUACCGAUGUCUCUCUCAACCCUAUCCUUUCGAAAGCCAUCCACCUCAACAACCCCGAUGCCGUCAGAUACCCCGUCAGGAAGACCGGAUUCUACUGUGUGAGCACAUAUGCGUAUUCCGGUCAGGAAUACAAUGCGGUAGUUACCUUCCGAAACUCAUAUGGCGAGCUUCCCGCUGCACAAAUUGCAAAGCUGCCUUUCUAUGGGGCUCUGACCAUUGUGUACGCUGUCAUUGGAAUAUUUUGGGCUUUCCUAUACGUGCAGAACCGUUAUGACAUUUUGCCUGUGCAAAACUACAUCACUGCAAUCAUUGUCUUUUUGAUCGUCGAGCAGCUGAUGACGUGGGGAUUCUACGAAUACCAAAAUCGCCACGGCUUGAACGGCGGAGCGAAGGCACUCAUGAUCAUCGUGGCAAUCCUCAAUGCGGGCAGAAAUGCUUUCUCUUUCUUCCUUCUCCUUAUCGUCUGCAUGGGCUAUGGCGUGGUCAAGCAUUCGCUGGGCCGGACCAUGGUCUUUGUUCGCAUCCUCGCUAUUGGUCACUUCAUUUUUGCAGUUGUCUAUUCGAUUGCCAGUCUGUCAAUUACCCCAGAUAGCGCCGGUCCUCUGGUGCUUCUGAUCGUUCUGCCGCUUGCUGGAACUUUGACGGCUUUCUACGUGUGGACCUUGAACUCACUAAAUGCCACGAUGAAGGAUCUCGUCGACAGGAAGCAAAAGACAAAGGCCAUGAUGUAUAAGAAGCUAUGGUGGUGUAUCCUUGGCAGCAUUGUUGUGAUCUUCGGUUUCUUCUUCAUCAACUCCUUUGCUUUCGCUGGACGCAGUGACGCAAGCUUCGUGCCCGAGCACUGGAAGGCGAGAUGGUUUGUGCUUGAUGGCUGGCUCAACCUGGUCUACCUGUUCGACAUUGGAUUUGUCGCUUAUCUGUGGCGACCGACUGUCAACAACCGCCGCUUCGCCAUGAGUGACGAGCUUGCCCAAGACGACGAUGGAUUCGAGAUUCGAUCAUUCGGCAGUGGAUUGGACGAAGAAGAUGCCUAUGACGCUCCACCCGAUUAUCCCGGCAGCUCAGCUGCCCAAGGUCGUCGUGAUCUCUCUCCGGUUCCUCCCAAGCCAUUCUCCUCGGCACCUCGCCAGCGCGAGUCUCUCGAGGAGGAGACGAUCUUCGCCGUCGGUGAGGAAGAUGGUGAGAGGUGGUCUGAUGACGAGGAGUCACCUCGCAAUUCCAGCGAGAGACAGAAACUCACCGGUAAAGACAAGGAUUAG